AUGGACGUCAAGACGAUCGCUGCCAAGUACGGCGGCCUCCCGGCGCGUGUCGUUGCGCGUGCAGAAGAGAACUGGCGCCUCACAACCGCCAAGAAGUCUGCAGGAAUGGACCAAUGGGCUGGACCCGUGGCGUGUCUCGUCGUAGCGGCUCGGGCGCUGGACGAGCAGGUGGACAAGACUCGACUGGCCCAGUGUGCGGGAGCUAACAAACGGCUCAUUGAGCCCACUGUGCGCAAGGUGGUGGAUGCUGUGGGGGUUCAGACAGUCGUGAAGACGUCGCCGGCUGCGCUGUGCAUCAAGUUUGGGUGUGAAGCUCUUACGGAGAUCGUGAACCGCGUGCUGGAGGAGUAUCGCGCGUAUCUGGCGCAAGUGGCGGCAGCGAACAGGAGGAAGCGACUGAAGCAACCGAUGGGUCCAAAGGUAUCGAUUAUGAAUAGUGAAGACCCGGUGUUUGUCGCUGCGUGUCUUUUUGCUGUGAGCAAGCAGGCAAAGAUGCACGUGAACCAGGACAAGCUGCUGGAAGCUGUGUGUGGAAAUGCAAAGGAAUUCGAUGCGAUCGUGUCGUCGAUUGAGGUUCAGUGUCAGUUGUCGUUAAGUGGCGCCGUGAUAGAUCGAAAGAAACGUCGUCGUAACGAAGGAGAGAGGGCAUCAAAGAAGCUAUUCGAGCAACAGCGUCGGGAGCAGAUAGAAGAGGAGGAACGUGUGAAACGACAGGGGACGCGUCUAAAUGACAUGACGACCCAGACGCUGGCGCAAGAGAUUGUGCUAGAGAAAUUACGGGUGUCUCGCGGUGGUUGCAGUACGGAUCAGAGUCCUGGAUUAUCGAGCAAAAAGGUGACUGUUGCCACCGCUGAGGAGUACGCUUUGUGGAGGGCAAGUGCACUGGAGUUCAUGCGCAACAAGAAGAAACAGGGGGUCCCAGAACGUCACAGUAGUCAAUAUUGA